AUGCAGACAGCGCAGCAAGUCACGCCGUCUCAAAUACACCCUUCGUUCUUGGAAGUCGAUCAAAACGCGAUCAAGACAGACAGCACUAAGUCUCCUCAGGCCAUGGAUGGUGCAGCCCCCAGAGACAGCGUAACCGAAGGAUCACCCAAAAAAGCACUACUCCACCAGUCACAGAGUCCAGAUGCGUUUUCGCCGUCCCCGCAUGCCCGCGUCCACGAAGGCAAUCUGGAUGAGUUUAUGCAGAUGGGGAACGACUUUGGGAUGCAGGAAACGGUCACUUAUCAGGACCUCAUGAUGUGGCCAGACUUCUCAAUGGAACUCGACAUGUAUCCAGGGACCAUUCCGUUGAUGAGAACCGAUGUUUCAAUGCCAGCCUUUCCAGAAUUCAGCGACACAUCGUCAUCAGAAUCCAUGGGAACUGCUUCGUCACGGAGCUCUAUUCAUACCCGUGGUACCAGCAUCAUGUCCACAGGCGACUUCGACACCAGCAUAAAGCCAUCAGAGUUUGCGAUGGCUGCUCUUUCUGAUGAGUCAAUUCCCGAGUUCGAGGUUGUCCUGGCAGCUGAAGCCUCGUGGAACUUCGCCCGAUGCAACCCUCCCUCGUCAGCAGGAUCAUGUCCGCGGACAGCAAUCGUUCAUCUUGAGUGUUUAGAACAGAAAUCAAAGCAUGAGGGCACUUGGAGCUCACUUGAGAAGUACCUAGAGCAGGUUGAAUGGGAUCCUUCCGACGUAGCCUCUGUUGUCCCUCUAACACCACGUACCCGCGACAAGAUGCUCGCAAUUACGCAGAGCUUCCUCCACAAGGCGCUCGACAUACACAGAGGAAGCCUCAGCAAUGGUGGCUAUCCCAAGGCUUCCUCGCCAGGUGAUUUCAGUUUUCUUGUUUUGCCACCAAAUAACAUCCUCGAAUACUUCUUGCGGAGCUACGUCAGGAGCCUCUCUGUGUACUAUCCUCUUGUCACAACCUGUGUUGAUCCCAACGAGAUGCUUCAAAACAACCAAGCCUCAACAUUGCUUUUCCUACUCAUGAUCGCGCAAGGAGCUGCAGCAAUGCCUAUAGCAGAGGCUCGUUAUCUCUCUGCCGGUUUGACCGAAACAUGCCGGAUAUCAUUAUUCGACAUUGUUGAGAAAGAUAUUGAGCUGGCAUCGGAUCCGACAACUCUUCGAUGCGCCUUAUUAUUUAUCGUUCUAGGGGCUUGGAGUGGGGAUAAAUGGCUAAUGGAUAUUGCAAUGGGACAGCGGGGCAUGUAUAUGUCGAUGCUGAAACACGCCGGGUUCCUUGAUCCACAGCCAUCAAUGCCAAUCUUUGAUGGGUCCUCCAAUACGGAGCUUCAAUGGAGAGCUUGGAUCAACCGAGAGACAAGGAACAGAUUGGUGUAUAAUUAUGUUAUGCUUGAUCAGGAGCUCAGUCUUUUCCAUGAUACAGCACCGUUCUUUGCCAUCACAGAACUUCAGUGCCCAUUACCUGCCCCCGAAGUCCUUUGGAUGGCGGCCGAUUCGGAACAAUGGGUCAAUGCCAUGCAGUCUGUCUACGGCUGCUCUCCCAACAUCAGCCCAGAGUUACUGGGCACUCCAUCGAUUACACCUUCUCUAUAUGAUCUUUUUCAAGACUUCCUUCAAGAUAACCUUUCUAGGAGAUCACCGACUCUUUCUGCACAAAGACUCAGGCUGAUCCUCCACCCGCUGCAAGCACUACUUUGUCACCUCCGCCAGAUGUUGUCGUGCUUUUCCGAGAGUCACAACGGCCGGCGAACCAGUACUCGAACCGUCACAAAGGCUUCGACUCUGCUUCGUCUGGAGGAGGUCCAGUCAUUGUUACAAAAAUGGUAUGAUCUCACGAUGGACUACAGCAAAGAUCACCCAGGGUGUCCCGUUACGCGCUGUAAUCUUGUGCUCUACCACCUCAUCGCCCUCAACGCAGUGACGAAUUUCCCAGAGAUCGAACGUCUGGCUCGCCGCGAGGGACUUGACGGGGCAGGUUCCUCCUGGGAGCUUGCCCUACGCUACAAGCGGCCCCAGAAGAGCAACAACCCCGGUGGUCAUCGAUCAGGUCUCUCCUGA